AUGGGUUUUAUUGCGAGAUACGGACUUUCUGACAUGUCUGAAAUUCAUAUUGAAGAAAAAGUAUCGUCUGCCGAAGAAAUACAGUUAGUUAUACAAAUAAAAGAAGCACUAAAAGAAGAUGUUUUAAAAAAUAUUCCGAACUUUUACUGUCCUCUUACUCACGAUCUUCUUCAAGAUCCAGUUGUAACUGAAGAUGGUAUUACGUAUGAAAAACAAGCAAUUAAAGAUUGGUUUAAUAAAUGUACAACGGAAAAUAAACCACUUACAAGUCCUAUGACGAAUCAAAUAUUAUUUUUCUGGUAA